UCUCUUUAUAAGCAAAUCCAGAUUAUUUGCCUGAAGUGUUAUCGCGUCUCUCUGAAUGGGUCUGACUCACUAACACACGGUCUUAUCAUAAGACCAUUGACAGCUGCCAUUGAUCCCCCAGUAGCCGCCCAUGACUCGGCCUCCACCUUGGCGCUCGACCGAGGCUCUCACGACGGUGUAAACAAUAUGGCGGCACCAGAGGAACGGUCAAAAGAGGCGGAAGGAAUAAUUCGCUCGGCGCAUGAAAGUUCUUGUUGUCCUAUAUGCUCGAGACCGUUUAAAUCUCCUAAAAUUCUGCCGUGUCUUCAUACCUACUGCUCAGACUGCGUCAAGGAGAUCGUAAGAAGCCGGCUCGGAAAGUUGACUCUUCAGUGCCCAAAAUGCCCUCGAAGUGUAGACAUACCGGAUCCUUUUACACCCGACACUUUGCCAUUCUCGUUGUACCAUCGAAGGCUUUUGGACUUGAGACUACUAGAAAACCCCCAGGACUCUUCCGCAAGUUGUGGUAGCUGCGAUAGUAAAUCUCCACUCGUCUGCUAUUGUUUUCAUUGCGGCGAAUUCCUGUGCACCGAGUGUUGGAGUGCGCACAAACUCGUCAAAGUACUCAAAGAGCAUCGCCUUGUCAGAGUGGAUGAAUUCGAGCCUCAGGAUGUGCGAGAUUUGUUGCGAAAACCCUUCGCGUGCUCAAUUACCAGUCACGAAGACCAAACAUUGGAGUUUUUAUGCAAUGACUGUAAUUCAUGCAUCUGCCAAAAGUGUGCGCUCACUUCUCACAAGGGCCAUUUCUUCACAUCGAUGACGGAAGCGACAGAAGCACGCCGGCCAGAACUCCUGGAACGAGUGAAAAGUCUAAAAUUAAAGUUUCCGGUAUGCGAACGACAGGUGAAGAGAACUAGCGAAGCUAUUUUGUUGCUAGAGAAACAAGUCAACUUAGUGCGGCAGGAAAUUCGGGCGAAGACUGAAUUAAUCAUCGAAACAUUAAAAAGUCAUGAGCAGCGUAUGAUGGCGAAGCUUGAUAACAUUCACAAGGAAAGUUACCGUAAAUACAUCGCGCAAAAGAAACUAUUUGAGGGACAAGUGACGCAAAUUAACGAAUGCAUAGAUUUCUCCCAGUCCGUCCUCCAAAGAAACUUGAACUCCGAAAUACUGCAAACGUACCCCUUACUCAUCAGACGAUGCGAGGAGCUGGAUAGACUCGUGACAGAAUCCGUCACGAAAUCCCCCGAGUCUGUCACGAUAUCGUUUGCGGUAGACCACAAGCUGCUCGAACAAAUACAGAACAGCCGACUGGGGACCAUUCAUGUGACCGCAACAGACAUUAACUGCUGCACAGUAGAAGGAAAAGGACUGCAGGAAGGCUACCCGGGCCACGCUUCUCAAUUUACUGUCGCUACUGGGAGCUCUACGGGAAGAAUGUGUUACGCCAAAGGGGAUUGCGUGACAGUUCGUAUCAGUGACCCUAAGGGUAAGCUUUUGAGUAACGACAUCGACGAUCGUCGAGACGGUCGCUAUAACGUGACGUUUACACCACAGUCAUUAGGGUACCACAGUGUUAGCGUGUUCGUAAAUAAUAACCCCAUUAAGAACAGCCCUUUCACAGUAGAUGUGAGAGAAAGGUAUCAGUUGAAACAGGUAUUUAGCGCCGUUGGAGGGAGCCCCGAACAGUUUCAGCAGCCACGUGCAGUUGCAGCGAGUCUGAAUGGUGAGCUUGCGGUGGCGGACAGCGGUAACCACCGCAUACAGCUCUUCGACUGUCAAGGGAAGCAGCUCAAAUAUCUGCGGCAAUUCGGGUCAGCGGGUACGCACAAAGGCGGCAUGCGCUGGCCAUCGGGGGUCACUUUUGAUUCCGAAAAUAAUAUAUUAAUAUCAGACACGGAAAACAAUAGGAUACAAAUUUUCUCCAAGCACAAGGAUAUUGUAUUGGCAUUUGGGCAAACAGAGCUUGAGAACCCACAGGGGAUAUGUGUGAACGAUAAAGGGCACAUCGCUGUGUGCAGCGGAGGACAGAAUCCAGGCGUGAAGAUCUACUCAGAAGAUGGAAAAUUCCUAAAACACUUUAACAACCCCGAAAAUGGACGUUUCCCCGCUUACCUCACGUACAACAGUGGGCGGUACUUUGUGUCUUACUCCGAUGGGUCGGUGGUAAAGGUGUUUGAUACUAACGGGUCUUUCUUGUACUGUAUCGGGAUGCGAGACGGUGACCCGCAUGGAGACUACAGACCACGUGGCCUUGCGAUAGACAUGGAUAAUCACCUUCUUGUCAGUGACCGGACUGGACUGGGUAUUCAGAUAUUCACCCUCGAUGGACGGUUUAUAAGUAGUUUUGGUGAGGAGCAAGAGAGGUUUGGCCUGUGUAGGUAUGUGGACCUUGCAAUAUCUGCGGAUGGGAGGCUAUUUGUGCUGCAAGACUUUGGGUUUAACAGUCGACUGAGGAUUUUUCAAUGAUGUGCUCUUUUGUGCUGUUUUUUU